UUGGCACUUUCGUGAGUUCUGUGGAUUUCUAAGCACUGAACUGUGAAGGCAAAGCCACCUUAAAUCAUCCUCUUGCUCAACUUCUUCCUUCAUCACCAUCAUCGUUCGCAAGAAGUGCAGGAUCUAUCACAACCGUCAAAAUGGCCAGAAGACCUGCUCGCUGCUACCGUUACUGCAAGAACAAACCUUACCCGAAGUCUCGAUUCAACCGUGGUGUCCCAGACCCCAAGAUCCGAAUCUUCGAUCUCGGACGAAAGCGUGCCAAUGUCGACGAAUUCCCUCUUUGCGUGCACAUGGUUUCCAAUGAGUACGAACAAUUGAGUUCCGAAGCCCUCGAGGCUGCGCGUAUCUGCGCCAACAAAUAUUUGGUCAAGAUCGCCGGCAAAGAAGGUUUCCACAUGAGAGUCCGAGCCCACCCCUACCACGUCGUCCGAAUCAACAAGAUGUUGUCUUGCGCUGGUGCCGAUAGACUUCAGACUGGAAUGAGAGGUGCUUGGGGAAAGCCACAAGGAACCGUCGCCCGUGUCAAUAUCGGUCAGAUCCUUCUGUCCGUCCGAACCCGAGACACUCACCGUGCCACCGCCGUCGAGGCUCUCCGACGAUCCAUGUACAAGUUCCCUGGUCGCCAAAAGAUCAUCGUCAGCAAGAACUGGGGUUUCACACCUAUUCGACGUGAGGAGUACAUCAAGUUGAAGACGGAAGGUCGCCUUCUCCAAGAUGGUGCCUACGUUCAAUUCCACCGUGAAAGAGGCAACAUUGAGCAGAACCUGAAACGAUUCCCUGGCGCUUACGAAGUUGCCAGCGAGGCUUAGAUUGUUCAAUGUCUGGAAUGAAACGGGAAAGGCGCAUCUUUGAGUGAUGGCAUAGCUAGCAUACGGAGAUAGACGGGCGAGGGAUGUCAUUUUACAUGCCUACAAUCGACCUCGUCCUGAAUGAGAAAUGCGAAGUUCCACCCAAAAAAUCAAUGUAUUGCAUUUUAUCCGGACGCACGGUUGUAACGAAUGGGAAACAUCUGCGAUC